AUGGCCGACAAAAAGACCAAGGAAGGAGUCAAGACUGAGAACAACGAUCAUAUUAUUUUGAAGGUGGCGGGGCAGGAUGGUUCUGUGGUGCAGUUUAAGAUGAAGAGGCACACACCAUUUAGUAAACUAACGGAAGCCUAUUGUGAACCACAGGACACACCUGCACAGGUGGAAAUGAAGGAUGAAGAUACAAUUAAUGUGCUCCAGCAGCAGACAGGAGGGAACCUGCUACUUUGCUCCAGAACUUUGUUCUUAUAGACCAAGAAUGCAUUCUUAAUUAGAAAACUGCA